AUGGGUGUCCCCAAUCUCAAGCACGACCCGGACCAGGCCAGCAGCAGCGCCGACCCCAAGACCGACCAGCUUCCCCCGCGGUUGUCGACGGGUGAAAAUGACUCGGCCGACCAGCUCCUUGAGAACCUCGGCUACAAGCCAGAGCUGGCGCGCACUCGCUCGACGCUGCAGGUGGCCUUCAUGUCCUUUGUCCUGGCUGCAAUCCCCUAUGGCCUCGCCACAACCCUCAACUACCCGCUCGUCGGAGGCGGGCCCGUCAACAUCAUCUGGGGCUGGCUCUUGGUCUCCGCAAUCAUUGUCUGUGUUGCUUCGUCCCUUGGUGAAAUCACGAGUGUCUAUCCCACAGCCGGAGGUGUCUACUAUCAGGCCUUUAUGCUGGCCUCUCCUCGCUGGCGUCGCGUUGCCAGCUGGAUCUGUGGCUGGCUCUACGUUGUCGGCAACAUCACAAUCACCCUGGCCGUCAACUUUGGUACAACCCUAUUCUUCGUCUCGUGCAUUAACGUCUUCGAAAAGGCGCCCGGCGUCGGCGUCUUCGAAGGCACGAACUAUCAGGUCUUCCUCGUCUUUCUCGCCAUCACCUUCAUGUGCAACGCAGUGUCGGCCCUCGGCAAUCGAUGGCUUCCUUGGCUUGAUACCGGUGCCAUCUUUUGGACGUUUGCUGGUGUCAUCGCCAUCAUGGUGUCCGUCCUCGCAAUUGCUAAGAAUGGCCGCCACGACGCCAAAUACGUCUUCACCCAUUUCGAGACCAGCUCGGGCUGGCCUGAUGGCUGGUCAUUUUGCGUCGGCCUUCUGCAUGCUGGUUACGCCACCUCGUCAACGGGCAUGAUCGUCUCCAUGUGCGAGGAAGUACAAAAGCCAUCGGUCCAGGUCCCCAAAGCCAUGGUCGCCACCAUCUUCAUCAACACCGUCGCCGGCCUGCUCUUCCUAAUCCCCCUCGUCUUUGUCCUUCCGGACAUCCCGACCCUCAUCCAGGUUUCCGCCGGCCAGCCGGUACCCGCCAUCAUCAAGGAUGCCGUUGGCUCUUCGGGCGGCGCCUUUGGCCUCCUCGUUCCCAUCAUGGUGCUGGCCCUCAUAUGCGGCAUCGGGUGCACCACGGCCACUUCGCGCUGCACCUGGGCCUUUGCUCGCGACGGCGCCAUUCCCGGUUCUCGCUGGUGGAUGAAGGUCAACCGCAAGCUCGACGUGCCUCUCAACGCCAUGAUGCUGAGCAUGGUAGUGCAAAUCGUGCUCGCCCUCAUCAACUUUGGCUCCUCAGCCGCCUUCAACGCCUUUUCCGGCGUCGGCGUCAUUUGCCUCACGGCUUCCUACGCCGUCCCCAUCGCCAUAAGCCUUUUCAGUGGCAGGAAGCAGGUCAAGACGGGCCAAUUCUACCUCGGCCCCAUUGGCGUAGUCUGCAAUGUCGUCGCCGUUGCCUGGUCCUUGCUGGCGUUGCCUCUGUUCUGCAUGCCAUCGACGAUCCCUGUCACCGCCGCGACUGUCAACUACGCGCCGGCCGUCUUCGUGGCCGCCAUGGCCAUCUCGGGGAUUUGGUACUGGGCUUGGGGCCACAAGAACUAUGCCGGCCCUCCUGUGCAGGGAGAGUGA